UUAGAACACAAGACUUUUUUUUUGAGGGAAUAUUACUCCGUAUAACACAAGAGUGACAAGACUGCGAACUGCGAAUCACCAAGGUCGAAGAGGGUCGAGGGACUACCGGAGCUGCGGUGGAGACAAGAAACCCUGCCGACCUGCGGCCACCAGUUGCGCCGCCUCCCUCCGUCCACGUUCCACGGCCCUGCGUCAGCGGUCUUCCAUCUCCGGCUCUCCGAGUAACCAGUCCGAGUCUCUCCUCUGCGGCUGCCGGCUGCCUCCAGCUCCAGAGUCUGGGCCCUGUGCACGACGCCAAAUUUCUCCCCCAUUAGUGUGCCUCUUAUAGUGUAUAUCUUUUGGAUGUUGCAACCGUUGGUGCCGUCAUGCAACCAGAAACUGUUUCUGUUCAGAUAACCUGGUCGUCUUCAUUUUAUGCCCUUUGCGGAUAGUUUGCUACCCAGAAACUUUUCUCUUUCACAAGUUGAAAAAUUCAUACCCAAGAAGUGGCGACAAUGUGUUAAAGUGUCAGACAUUAAAAAGAAUAUUGAAUCCCUUGUUUCUAGUUCUCAUGAACCAAUUUUAAGGACUAAAGUACCCUAUGAUGAAUCAAUGGUGGAUUGCUUACUAUCAACCUUGAAGAAUUUUGCAAGUGAAGGCCAUUUAUUGAAAGCUUUUAGAACUUUUGGUCUUAUUCAGUUGAAUGUACCCUCACAAUCUCCAUGCCACACAGUGCUACAGUCCUUAUCAUCUCUCUUCCAAUGUUGCACGGAACUCAAGUCAUUUAGUGAGGGCAAACAGCUACAUGCCUAUGCUAUUACUUCUGGUCUUGCACACCAUGCCAUGUUGGUUCCUAAAAUAAUCACCUUCUACACAACAUUUGGUUUACUUCUUGAUGCUCACAAAGUGACUGAAACAUCCAAUGUUUUGCAUCCUUUGCCAUGGAACCUUCUCAUUUAUUCCUAUGUAAAAGUUAGGCAGUAUGAUGCUGUUCUAUCUGCUUAUAAGCAAAUGGUAAGUAAGGGAAUCUGGCCUGAUAAUUUCACCUAUCCAUCCGUUCUCAAGGCUUGUGGAGAACAGGCGAAUCUUUCUUUUGGAAGGGAGGUUCACAAGUCUAUAGAUGCUAGUUCUUCGAAAAGAAACAUGUUUGUUGAUAACGCUUUACUGUCAAUGUAUGCUAAGUGCGGGGAACUGGAUAUUGCUUGUCAGAUCUUUGAACGAAUUCUAGUUAAGGACGCUGUUUCUUGGAACGCGAUGAUUUCUGGAUAUGCCUCUAAUGAUAUGUGGAGUAAAGCCUUUGAUCUUUUUGAAAGAAUGAUUUUUAAAGGUAUUGAGUUGAAUAAUAUCACUUGGAAUACCAUAGCUAGCGGGUGUACAAAAACGGGCAACUUUGAAGGUGCUUUUGAGUUGCUCUCCCGGAUGAGAAAUUGCGGGUUUGUGUUGGAUCCUGUGGCUGUUCUUAUAGGUCUAGGAGCAUGUUCUCAAACUGGUUUGAUAAGGAUUGGGAAAGAAAUUCACUGUUUGGCCAUUCGGAGUCAUUUUCAGGAUUUUGAUAAUGUAACAAAUGCAUUGAUUACCAUGUAUGCUAGAUGCAAAGAUCUAAAACAUGCAUAUACUAUAUUUCAGUUGAAAGAGAGUAAAAGUAUAGUUUCCUGGAACUCCAUCAUAUCUGGAUUUGCACAUUGCGGUAGAUAUGAGGAAGCCUCAUUCUUUUUUCGGGAAAUGUUGCUUUGCGGAUUUAAACCAAAUUAUGUGACAAUAGCAAGCAUACUUCCAUUAUGUGCUCGGGUUGCGAAUCUCCAACAUGGAAGAGAGUUUCACUGCUAUCUCUGUAAGCAUGAAGGGUUUGAGCAACAAUUGAUAUUAUGGAACUCUCUUCUGGAUAUGUAUGCAAGAUCAGGAAAAGUGUAUCUAGCCAAGAAACUCUUUGAUUCCAUGAGCAAGAAAGAUACAGUGACAUACACUUCAUUAAUAGCUGGAUAUGGUGUCCAAGGAAAUGGAAAAGAAGCGAUUAGACUUUUCAUGGACAUGAUUAGGUCCCACAUAAAACCAGACCAUGUCACCAUGGUUUCCAUAUUAUCAGCUUGUAGUCAUUCUGGUCUUUUAGACCAGGGAGAGAAACUUUUUGAACUGAUGCAAAGCGUUUACGGCGUAACUCCUCAACUGGAGCAUGUUUCCUGUAUGAUUGAUCUCUAUGGAAGGUCAGGUUUACUAAAAAAGGCUCAACAUAUUAUCAUGAAGAUGUCAUUUGAGCCAACAGAGGAAAUGUGGGCCACACUGAUUGGGGCAUGCCGAAUCCACGGGAACACCGAGAUUGGUGAGUGGGCAGCUGAGAAAUUGCUGGAAAUGAGGCCAGAUAAUUCUGGGUACUAUGUUUUGAUAGCAAACAUGUACGCUGCUGCUGGCAGUUGGAAUAAACUGGCUAAUGUAAGAACCUUAAUGAGGGACUCAGGUGUGAGGAAAGAUCCAGGAUGUGCUUGGAUUGAUAUGAAAGCUGGAUUUUCCUCCUUCAUGGUUGCAGACACCACAAACAGUCAAAGAUUGGAAAUUUAUUCUCUGUUGGGAGGGCUUACUAGGCAAAUAAAAGACGCUUCACACUCGUCUAAUGAAGAGUCGACAUCAGAUGAAGAAGAAGCUUAUGAAGCAUUGGCUGCGUAGAACUUUGACAGAAACAUUUUUCUUCUUUUGAAGAGUACACGUGUCUGUAGUGACAAGAGGUGAAACAUUAGACCUCCCGGGGGGGAUAUCAUAGUUUCAAUUCUUGAAAUCCUUUGGUGCAACAAUUGACCAAAGCAUUAGUUGGCAUUCAUUCAAAUAUGCUAAUGCAUUCUGAAAAAUUGCUGGAAAGAUUUUCUUGUAUCUUCAGUUUCUUUUUGGGAAGAAUCCGUUAUUUCUCGAGGAAGGUUUGAGGACUUUGAAUCCGAUGCUGUGGGAGAGACGAUGGAGGGUGAUAUAGUUCAUGCAAAGAUUAUGAAUUCUGUUUCUGCAGUUGCGAAGCAUAACUCCACAGUCCCCCCCCCUGAAGGGAAACAUUUAUCCAGAUGGGUAAAUUUGAUCAUCUUUGCUUGCUUUAGUCAACUCACUAGGUAUACUACACUUAUGUGCUCAUAGGGAAUCUUCCUAAGCCAUACUUUCUUGAUAUGGAUACUGGAAGUGAUUUGACGUGGAUCCAGUGUGGUGCUCCCUGAACUAGCUGUGCCAAGGACUGCCGGUUUUAGAACCACAACCUGUUCAUACUUCAUAGUUUUAGAGAAUGUGGAACUGUGAACCGUCAGUUCCAGUUUGGAACAGGACACUUCUGGCUUGGAACUGUAAAAAAAGAAAAAAAAAAUGGAGUAGGCCAGAAGUAAUGAGGUACAAAUAAUCCUAGCCUUGUUUGUUGACAUACAUCACUAAUUUACGCUGGGUCCAUCUGGAAUGCGGGAAAUGGUGGGGAAAGAAAACAAAGGAAAAUAGAGGAGAAAUUCAAAGGAAAAAAUGUUGGCUCAAACUCCAUAAAUUUAUUUAGUAUUUGUCCGGAAUCAUUUUUAUCUAUUCAUAAAUACUAAUCCCUAGAUAUAUACAACAUACUCCUUAUAUUUUAUUCAACAAUAUUAGUCUUAUUGCAAAUUCCUUUGCAUCCUCUAAGUUGAAUCCAAAGUUUGGAUUUAACAAUAUUAGUCUACACAUGGUAAGUCAUGGAAAUGAAAAUGGUAGUGGCUUAAAUACAAGCCAUGAUAAACCAAUAAUGACAUGGAUUGAGAAUUCAAAAAAACACAUUUGGGGGGUUGGACUUCAAUACUGUGCCUACCCGCCCCAUGCUCUUCCAACUCUCUAUCAAAUAAGCAGUUGUCUGCUCCUUCCCCCGCCUAAACCCAUUCAUUGUGAUGCCAGUAAACUCCCUCUUCUCCUCAUUUGUCUCCCCAGGUAACUGUUAUUUUCCUUCAAAUAGUUUACCCAUUUCCUGUAAAUAUUGUAUUUGAAUGUGUCAUAGAUGUCCCCGAAGUUCUUGAAUAUUCUCAACCAGUACUUGUUUGAGAUAAAUGUUCAGUUGUUCUUACUAGCUAUUUUUGGAGUUAAUUGCCUCAACAUAGUUUAGCUCAACUUUCACAUUUAACACGUCCUAAUUCCAUCAUUUGAUAUGCUAUAUGAUCUUAUCUUAUAUAGUAAUUGCCCUAAAUAGGAUUAAGUGGAAACUUAAUUGCCAAAAUAGCACUAAAACCUAAAUCUUCCACAAAUAGGACUAAACAUUAAUUUUCUACCCUUUUUUGAAACAAUUAAUUUCUACCCUUAAUUACCCCUAGGGGUAUUAAUUCAUAAUAAAAUGUUUUAAUUCAUAAAAAAGUCGUAAAAAAUAAUAAAAUUCGUAAGAAAAUAAUAAAAAAUUAAUAAAAUGCUCCGUAUUUAUAAUAUAAUUUUUUUAUUUUUUUAAAAUAAAAAUAUUUAAAAAAUUAAUAAAACAUAGUGAAAACACAUAAAAAAUAUAAAAAUAAUAUGGAUGCCUUUCCCAUCGCCUCUACUGCCUCCCAGCACCACCACCUCCGAUCGGUAAGGAGGUAGUAUCUAGGACAACUUAAAAUUGAAAGGGAGUCAAUUAAAUUGCGGGACGGAGGAAGUACUAAUUUGAAAGGGAGUCCUGCAUGCUUUUUGGCUUGAGAAUAUAAUGGAAUAAAGCAAAAUGUUUCACUAGUCAACAAAUUUUUACACAGUCAGACCAUGCAAUUUUCAACGCGAUUUCACCGCUAGUCAUCCGGAAAUAGUCUGUGUGCUUCAGUACAGGCGUAAGGUUGUGUACAUCCGACCCCCCCCCCCCCCCCCCCGUGUAGGUAGGAGACUUUGAUGAUGAUGUUAACUACAAAGGCCACCUCAAUGACAAUUUGUUCACCAAUGUUCCAAAUAUAUCAAUACUAGGGUGGCAGGUGCAUGAGAAAGAUGUGAUUGGUAUUACUCACCAUCCCCAUAAAAAUCUUGUUGCCACCACAUACGGUGAAGACUGCACAAUGAAAUUAUGGAAGCCAUAGCCCAUACCUGUUCUUUGAAGAUUUCUGGAAUGGAUUUUAUGAUAGUUCCACCAUUUUCUUCUCAAAAAUUCAUAUUUAAUUUUGUACUAUCAAAUGUACUUGUGUUUGAGACUCCGAGCAUAUGCAAUCAUGGAUAUGACAGUGUAUCUGUAACAAAGAAGUGAGCCAUUUUGCUUUAUUUGUUCGAUUUAUAUUGUAGAUAUGAAGAAAUUGUGGAUAUUUGUUCGGAGACAGGUCGGAAACAGCUUCAAUGUAAUGGGUAGUGGAUAUGACUGUAUCUGUAAAUUUGUUCGAUUUAUAUUGUGUUACUAUUCAGACUCCCAACUCGUGCGAUUCAUGUACUUGCUGUUUGGCAGAUCAAACCUAAAAU